CUUCAGCCCAGGCGAGCAUGCGUUCAUUUUGACUUUUUGCUUCACUGCAAGUUUUUGAUUUCAUGCACAAACAAGAAAGAAGAGGCUAGAAGGAGAAUCCUCAAAAUCCCUCGGAGGAAGAUGACGAUUCUAAAUAAUUACCAUCCUACUUUUGAUUAAACUGGAAUGGAAUGAGUCGUUAUUAGCAGAGACAAAUCACUGCAAGCACAUUGGGAUUUUGGAAAGGUUUAUAUAUGCAGAUGGGAGUUGUUACUGUGGGUGAAUUGAAGACCAGUAUAUCUGGGAAGAGAUCUUUUCGGACAAGUUCAAGCAUAAGGCAUGCCACUGAAUGGCCAAUAUCAGAUGUUACUAGUGACCUUACCAUCGAAGUUGGAGCAUCGAGCUUUGCACUUCACAAGUUUCCUCUUGUUUCUCGGAGUGGAAGAAUUCGGAAACUACUGUCAGAAGUCAAAGAUUCAAAAGUCUCGCGCAUAAGUCUUGCAGCUAUACCAGGUGGGGCUACGGCAUUUGAGCUAGCUGCCAAAUUCUGUUAUGGAAUCAAUGUUGAGUUCACCCUCUCAAAUAUUGCCAUGCUUCGCUGCUUAGCCUAUUUUCUGGAAAUGACAGAAGAAUUUUCCGAGAAAAACUUGGAAAGCCAAGUUGAAACAUAUAUGAAGGACACGGUGCUUCCCAGUAUACCAAACACGAUAACUGUUCUUCAUUGCUGUGAAACUCUUCUUCCCAUGUCAGAAGAAAUAAACCUUGUUACCAGACUCAUCAAUGCAAUUGCAAAUAAUGCAUGCAAAGAGCAACUUACCUCUGGUUUGCUUAAACUUGACCAUAAUUUCCCUUCCAAGACAAUGUCAAACUUGGAACCAGAAACUCCCUCAGAUUGGUGGGGAAACAGUCUCAAUAUUCUCAGUCUUAAUUUCUUCCAACGAGUUGUUUCUGCAGUGAAGUCUAAAGGACUUAAACAAGACAUGAUUAGCAAAAUUCUGAUAAGCUAUGCACAUAAUUCCCUGCAGGGUAUUGUUUUUAUGGAUUCUCAAGGUGUUAAAGGAAGUUCCCAGGAUUUAGAAUUGCAGAAGAAGCAAAGGGUUAUUAUUGAAGCCAUAGUUAGCUUACUUCCUACUCAGUCAAGGAAAAGCCAAGUUCCAAUGGCAUUUCUUUCAAGUUUGUUGAAAGCUGCAAUAGAAUUGUCAGUAUCUAUUUCUACCAGAUCUGAUUUGGAAAGAAGAAUUGGUCUACAACUUGAUCAGGCAAUUCUUGAAGACAUCUUGAUCCCGUCAAAUUCACAUCAAAAUCUUCAUGGUACAAUUUAUGACAUAGAUUCGAUAUUGAGGAUCUUCUCUAUUUUUCUGAACUUGGACGAGGAUGACAAUGAAGACAGUGACUUGCGAGAUGAAAGUGAAAUGGUGUAUGAUUUUGACAGUCCUGGAUCUCCAAAACAAAGCUCAAUUCUCAAGGUAUCCAAGUUGAUGGAUAGUUUUCUUUCUGAGGUAGCACUUGACCCAAGCAUUUUGCCAUCAAAAUUCAUAGCAUUAGCAGAAUUACUUCCAGAUCAUGCACGUAUUGUAAGUGAUGGACUCUACAGAGCUGUUGAUAUCUUCCUUAAGGUUCAUCCAAACAUGAAGGAUUCAGAGAGACACAGGCUGUGCAAGACCAUAGAUUGUCAGAAGUUGAGUGAAGAAGCAGGAAGCCACGCAGCACAAAAUGAAAGGCUGCCAGUACAAAUGAUGGUUCAAGUUCUGUACUUUGAGCAAAUAAGACUUCGGAAUGCUAUGGGUGGUGGUGGGCACAGCCACAUGUUCUUUGGUGGACUGCAUCAUCAGUUUCCUCAGCGUUCAGGAAGUGGUGCAGGAAGUGGGGCCAUAUCUCCAAGAGAUAACUAUGCAUCAGUGAGAAGAGAGAACAGAGAACUGAAACUAGAAGUUGCAAGAAUGAGAAUGAGGCUCACUGAUUUGGAGAAAGAUCACUUUCAUAUGAAGCAAGAGUUUGUGAGGUCUAAUCCUGCCAACAAGCUCUUUAAAUCUUUCACCAAUAAACUCAGUAAGCUUAAUUCUCUGUUUCGGAUUAAUAGCAUUAGGUCCAUUCGAGGUAGAGUUGGUUCUGAUGGUCGCUUCCCUUUUCCAAGGCGUAGGCGUUAUUCAGUUUCAUGAUCAUAUAACACUUGGCUAAUAAUUUGUAAUCUAUAAUAUGCCAUAUUUACAUAUUGUAUAGUAUGUAUGUGUCCGUAGCGUAGUGUCAUUGUCGUUAUUUUCCAACUUCCAAUCAUUAGUUUCAGAGUACAUUUUGAUUA